AUGGCGAGGGAUGAGCUGCGGCUAGCGUUGGUCUCUGCCAUAAAAAUCUCAUCUUUUUGGGAUUAUUCCUUCAGCCGGAGAAUUCUCAGAGCGAGAGAGAGAGAGAGAGAGAGAUGGGUGGAGGAGCCAUUAGAACUGCGGCCAAGGUUGCGGCAAUCAAGGGCUAUCGCAGCACCGCCACCACCCGGGGAUCGUCCCGCAGCGCCCCCAGUCGCCUCCUGGCCCAACGCCACCGGAGCAGGGCAGUCGACUCCCCUUUUAUCUGUCGAACAUGGCCACGCCGAUGCGCCUGUGGCUUCGUCGAUCCAGAGGCCUUCUUGGGAGGUUGAUGAGUGGGAGUUUGCUGGUGGAAAUGAGGAGGAACUUUUGGAUUUGCUGCAUCCUGCCCCUAGGCUUGUUUUUGGGCCUGUUCCGACCAUGGAGGAGGCUAAGGAUGCUACUUCUGAUCUGAAAGAUGCUAUUGAGAAGGUAUACUUUGCUCCCACGGCUGAGGUUGCAAUGAAAGGUAUGCAAGAAACUUCUCCCGGUUUAACUGCAGCAAUCCUCCCUUCAGUUCCCAAACAUGUUGCCCAAGCAUUUUCUUUACUGCAAGGAUCUCCAGAGGCUCAGGAGGUUGUUGCUUCAAUUGCUUCGGAUAAGAAUGUCUGGGAUGCUGUAAUGAAAAAUCAGAAGGUUUUGGAUUUCUACAAAACUCACCAAACUGUUAUUCCAUGCGAAACCAUCGUGGACUCAGCAAACAGUGUUGUCGAUGAGAUGAACACCUGCCGACAUGCCAAUGAACAAUCAGAGAACCCUGAAAAACUCAAGCAGGAAACACUAGAGAGUUCUCAGUUGAACUCUGAAAAACUAAAGCAGGAAACACUAGAGAGUUCUGUGUUGAACCCUGAAAAACUAAAGCAGGAAACAUCAGAGAGUUCUGUAUACAGGGACGUUGUCAAUGCAGUAAAAGAAAAUGUCAUCGACCCAGUAAAAGAAAAAGUUUCAGAAAUGGUAGCUAACAUCUCCAACUUCUUUGAAGGUCUUAUUGGCUCAACAACAAUGGACAACCAAAGCUCAACAGAUUCAAAAUCUAUCAGUAGCACUGGUGAAUCUUAUGUUGAUAUUACAAUUGGAGGAGCUUUUAUGGCUUUGGGCAUUGCAGCAAUUCUGGUUAUCUUGCUCAAAAGAGCGUAAAAAAUGAAUGAUCAGAGUAGUAGCAUAGCAGCAAACCUCUCUCUCUCUCUCUUCUCUAUAAGUUUGGUGUUAUUAUGAUACUGUGUUCUACUGGUGCUCUAAUAAACUCUAGAUUGUACAGUCUUUUUUCUAUGAGGUUAGACUUUAUUUCUUUCUUGUUCUCGUGUGUUUCUCAGGCACAUUAUAGAGGUUUUCUGCUCUGGAAAUCAAUUGGCAAUUAUAGAAGUGGAGCCAUUCCUAAA